CUCAAUGUACAAACAAAUUCACUUUCAGUAUUUACCUAAAGAGCUGUUCACGUAAAUAGAAUAAAAGUACAUACAUCAAUUCAUCAAUAAUAAUAAGUUUAUAUACCCAAAAAGUCAGAAUAUAUUUAUCUGCGUGAGUGUUAUAAAACGGUAAAAUGUCGAGGAAAGAAGCAUUGUCUCAAUUUAUUAAUCAAAUUCAUGGCAGACCCGUAGUGGUUAAACUUAACAGUGGCGUGGAUUACCGAGGUGUUCUAGCUUGUUUAGAUGGCUACAUGAAUAUUGCCUUGGAUCAGACAGAGGAAUAUGUAAAUGGACAGCUAAAAAAUAAAUAUGGAGAUGCAUUUAUACGCGGAAAUAAUGUUUUAUAUAUAUCAACACAAAAAAGGCGUAUUUAACAAAUUGACUUAACGAUCAAAUGAUAUGAAUUAUUGCCAAAACUGCAUUUAUGUAAUUGCAAUAAGGCACAAAACAAUAAAAACAACACUUCAAAUGCUUCAAAUUUUAUUUUUAGUCAUCCUUAUGUCAAUAC